AUGGUUAAGCAUUGUGAAACAAGCGAAACUUUAAUCAUCCAAAACCAUUUAACUUCACCUUCAUCCUCAACUUCUAUCUCAAAUAAAUCAUUUUCAUUUCGUUUAAAACAUUUAAUCAGUCGCAAUUUAUCAUCAAAUUCUCCUCCAAUAAUACAACCUAAGAUUCAUAAAACACAAAUGUUAUUAUUAAAUCCAACAGAUCCAAAUUACAUUAAGGUAAAAUCAUCAUUUAAAGGUCGACAACUUUCAUCAUCAAAAGUUCUUGGAAUAUUUGAAUUACAUAUGCCAACAAAACUUGAACAACUGCAUGAAGCUUAUAAAAGAAAACUAAGUAAACAAACUGGAGAAAAUAUCGAAAAGGUUACUCAUGGAAUGUUUCAUGGUACGACUUCAAAUAUGGAUUGUUCAUUUAUUGGCCAAUGGAAUAAUUAUAAAGAAAAUGGCAAAGGUGGUCAUAUUGAAAGAACAUUUUGUGAAAACUAUUGUGGUUUGUGUGGAAUUAUACAACAUGGAAAUAAAACUAAAUAUACCAGAACUAAAAGUUUAUUCAAGAGAAAAAGAAUGUGGUUUGCGAAUGAUCCAUGUACGUCACUUUACUAUUGUAAUAAUGGAUAUAAUGAUGAUGAUAUAAUAAAGUCUAUGUUCAUAGUUGAUGUCAUAGAAAAAACUCCAAAAGGAAUUCUGAUUGUAAAUAAAGACAGCGCAACUUUACCUAGAUUUUUAAUCUUAUUUGAGAUGUCAGGUAGUCCGUUCGGAAAAUAUGCUGAUUAUAAUACAUUUCUUUAA